CCAGAUGGAACUUAACGACCAAUAUGAACGCACACUUUAUGUCUGCAAUUUUGAUGAAAAAGUUGAUGAUAAACUUUUGGAGGAAAUUUUUGUUCAGGCAGGUCCAAUUGAAUCUGUUACUAUUCGAGAAAAAGUUGAGAAAACUUCUUCAGCAGGGAAAAGCCCAGAAAGAUUUCGUUUUGCUUUCGUUGAAUUUUCGCAUGUCGAAUCUGUUCUUUUUGCCUGCAAAAUAAUGGAUGCAAUUGAAUUGUAUGGAAGAAAAUUGAAAGUUACGCCGAGGGAUAGUACUAAACAGAAAGAAAUUUAUACAAAAAAUGGAAUGCGAGAAAAAUCUUUUGAAUUGCAUCGUGAACAAAAUAAUGAAAGAAGUGAUCGGCGGGAAAGAAACAGAUCGGAUGGGUUUGAACAACGAAACCAACUUUUUCAUUAUCCAGAUCAACCGACUCCAAUUAAUCAACUUGGUGAUAUGAGAGAUUUCCAACCUGGUAGAAUUGGUGAUAUGAAAAUGUCUUCAUCUUGGUCUGCUCCAGUCUUGCAUUAUAAUCAGCCUGUUCGUUUUUAUGAGGAUAACUUUUUGCCUCCUCCUCCACCGCCGCCACCAAUGCCUCUUUUUAAUACACCAAAAACAACCGGACAAGGGAAUCAUAAAAUGGGCCAAAAAUCAAAACAAAAUAAUAAUUGGAAUAAGUCUCAAUCUUCACAAAAAGAUCGACAAUCGAACAACAAAAAUUCGCAACCACAAAGAUAUUCUUGGCCAAGACCCUAUCAACGUUGAUCUGUAUUUUUUGAAAGUAAUUUCUUUUAAAUUCUUUUUUCCAAAAAAAAGAUUCCUCAUAAUUCCCUUUAUUUUAAACAGUUUUUUUCUGGUAGUUUUUUUUGGUUUGUACAUUGCAUUUUUGUU